AUGGCCCCACAGGCCCAGGUGCUUGCGACCAGGCCGGCCUUAGCCAUGUCAUCAUCAACACCCACGACAGACUCGGCGACACACUCCGCGGCCUCUUAUUACUCACAGUCGCCCUCCUCCUCGUCCUCGUCCUCGGCCUUUGCUCGCCGUAGCAGUUCUAGCACCGCCCAGCCAAAUCCUCCUUCUUUUCAUUCUUCUAUCCAUUCUUCUUUUCACACGGACGCCAAUCGCAAUCUCAAUUCUAAUCUUACUCCUACUCCUACUCCUACUCUUAAUAAUCCCAGUCUCCCGCUUGGCUCACCUACACCUACACCACCUACAAGACCGUCUUCUUCCACCGCGGUCGCCGUUGUCUCUGCAACUCCUAAGCCUCUUACGCCGGCCACUCCUGCACCCAGGCCCACGGCUUCCGUUCUCACCUCUGCCACCUCUGCCCCGCGGCCUAUUCCGUCAUCUUCGUCCAAGACGCUUAUUUCAGGUAUAUCCGAUCUUAAUCGUUCUAUUUUCGACUUCACCAUUGGUUUAAUCAUCCCUCCUCCAGAAUUAUCCACUCCCUCCUCAGAUUCCCCCACAACCACCUCGUCGUCGUAUUGCAGCUCUCUUCAAGUCCCACUAGACUCACUGCGUCGGUACCCUACAGAUUUGUCCACCCCGAUUCCCGAAGAAUGCGACGAGGAAACGUGCAGUGAAUCUCUCCCCAACGACCCUGUAACGCCCGUCAGCGGCCGCCAAUCGCGGGAUUUCCGUUUCUGUGACAGUCACGACCUGUAUCAUCGUGACUCGUCAGUCCCCAGUAGCUUUGUUGGAGCAACUUUAAGUACUUCAAAGCAACCAGAUGUACAACCUGCAUUGCAACCUACGUCAGUGGCGCUAGUAUCAGAGGACUCUGCAACACCAAACAAACAGACCGCCGUAACAUAUCCAGAUCAAGCUCCUUCAACCCCGGCCGCAGGACGACCUCCUUCGAGACGUCAAUCGUCUACUUUGUCGCGCGCCAUGUCGUCAUUAUUUAGGCGUAGCAAUCAUUUUACAGAUGAAAACGGCGCAGCUACUGCCAGUGCUGCGACGUCGCCACCGAAGGAUUCUAAUUACAGCACUGGUACAUCGGAAACUAGUCUUGCAGCUAUGGGGAAAUUGCCUGGUCAGACUAGUCGCCGUCGUUUCUCUUACCACCGAUCAGUUGCAACAACGAGAUCUAACACACCGCCGUCUCCCGGCUCUCCUCUGGAGAUGGCUCUUGUCUCGCAUGACAAGGGCAAUGCCUCCAACAUGCCUACCUCUAGUGAUUUUCUGGAUAAUAAUGCGAAAAAGAAUAGGGCUCUCACGGGGUUUUCGCUUCGUCAAAAGGUCAAUUUCGCAGGCAAUGCUAAGAACCACCCACCUCGACGAGCGAGAAGUCUGGAACGCAAGAGGAAUACCGAGGAAAAUCAUUUAACACGUCAACCAUGGGCUAUUCCACCAGAUGCCGGAACCGGCAUGAAAGCUAGACGACUUAGCCUGAGCCUUCCUGACGACUUUACCCUCGACAUUGCUGACCUGCUGAAAGAGUACGAGUAUCUGCACAAAUUCCUGGGGCGACAUGGCAAGCAUUUAGGUAAGGGCGCAACUUCAAAGGUUACCCUUAUGGCACGCAAGGGCUGUCCCGGUGAACUGUAUGCUGUUAAAGAGUUCCGAUCCAAGACCGCGUCUGAGUCGGCAGAGGAAUACGAGAAGAAGAUCAAGUCCGAGUACAGCAUAGCCAAGAGUUUACAUCAUCCCAAUGUUAUCGAAACGGUUCGUUUAUGUACUGACCACGGGCGCUGGAAUCACGUCAUGGAGUACUGUUCGGAGGGAGAUCUCUUUAGCCUGGUGUCGAAAAAGUACUUGAAAGAAGAAGGUCGGGAUAUCGAUCGGAUCUGCUUAUUCAAGCAACUUUGCCAAGGUAUCAACUACCUUCAUAACAAUGGCAUCGCACACCGUGACAUCAAGUUGGAAAAUCUUCUGAUUACAAAAGAGAGCAAAUUGAAGAUAACCGAUUUUGGUGUCUCGGAGGUCUUCUCAGGGAUACAUCCUGGGUUGAGGGAGUCAGGGGGGCAAUGCGGCGUUGCUAUGGGCGAGGUGCGACUCUGCAAGCCAGGCAUCUGUGGCAGUCUGCCUUAUAUCGCGCCUGAAGUCCUCAGCAAAAAGGAGGAGUAUGAUCCUCGGCCACUAGAUGUGUGGAGCUCCGCCAUUGUCAUGAUCUACCUCGUUUUUGGUGCCAACAUUUGGGAGAAAGCCGAGGCUACUCCAGCGCAUAAAAAUUACAACGAUUUGGUCUUGGGCUGGGAGAAAACCGAGGCGAAGAAGCUCGCGAAACCCGAUGUUGCAAAGGAUGCCUAUCCCAAGUUGUUACCAUUUGAGUAUUUUGUCAAGCCGCUUCCACUCCGUCGGCUGCUAUUGCAAAUGCUACAUCCAGAUCCCAAGAAGCGUAUCACGAUGAACGAUGUUAUCACCAACCGCUGGAUGAAGAAUGCGGAAUGCUGUCAACUUGAGAGUUACGACGACCCGGUCAAAUAUAUCGACGUCUCCAAGAAGGAUUGCAUGAAGAGCAGUAGCGGCAAGAUUUUCUGCCACAACCAUCUACCACCGAUGAGCACAGGCCACGGCUUACCACCAAUGCCCGGUAAACCAGGCUAUUAG